UCGGCACGUGUGCAGGCACUUUCUGAUUAUCUUGUGAAUGACAGGAUCGACAGUUUUUCGCGAAUCUUUCGUGUCUCGGUGCCUUGAGGAUCUACUUGAGAUUACUGGAAUUCCUUCAGCGUGCAGUACGAAUCCGUCACAACUUAAUGCGGUAAUAUGUAAGUUAAGCCAAGUACCGAUCACGUACUUUGAAUCGUGUGGAGGUUCCCCUUCCCUCGUACUCUCGACCAAUGACAGUGCUCGAGUAUCCCCACUCCUGGCCAUCCGGAAGAUUCGAGAACAAUCUGCAACUCUUGGGCUGCUUCAAGCGAGGAAUGUGACACUCUACCCAUGUAGCUACCAGGCCAAUUUAUCAUUCUUACUUGAGUUAAGAAAAAAGAUACACGAAACAUGUAUACGAUACAUGUAUACAUGAAAAGAUGAUCCAAUAUAAAUAUAUGACAAUUUAUUUUAUAGUUCCAAAUCUUGUAAUGUUUUUUCAUCUGAAAAUGGCAAACGUAAAACUUUUAUUUUUUUCUGAAUAAUUCAAGCAUUUGUAAUUGCCUUUCUUUUUUUAGUGUAUAACGAUAACAUCAUUACUCCAUGCACGUGGAUACAUACAGAAUACUAGGUACGCAUUGGAAUAAUAUAAUUCUUAAUCUUAACGACCUUAGAUUUAAUGACAUAUGAUCAUAUCUAAUCGGAUAGACACGAUCAGAUAGAAAAUUUGGCAGGAUUUAAAUUUACAGAGUCAAUUGUGAAUCAUAUAUAAUCGUGUCUAUAUAUGACCGUAUAUUAUCGAGUGGACACGAUCAUGUAUAAUUGGAUCUAUCGAAAUAAAAAUUAUGACGUAUGUAUGAUACACGAUAUGUAUAAUUAAAAUUAAAUAUAAA